AUGUUCCCAGCGUUUAAGUUUCUUUCUCUGGACUAUGCUUUUGAGAAUGUCAUGAAACAAAAACUUGCCAUCUCUUGGAUGCAUAUUCCAUUUCCCAAUGAGAUUCUACAGGAAGAAGAUUAUUUCCAUACCAAAGUUUUUGUAAAUGACACAUACAGAAGACCGUGGAAGAGAUCUAUUCCAACCUGCCAGAUACAAGAAGAGGACUUAUUGAUAGAUAUGUGGAAAACAUACACUUCCUACACAUAUACUUCCUUUGAUGACUUUCUGGAAAGAAAAGAAGAGGCUUUGGCUAUAGUUCCCAGUUCAAAUCCUUGUUCUCAGAUAGACCAAGAGGACGUGUGCUCUGUCAGUGAGAGUGGUGCAGGUGAAGCUUCACAUACUGAUGAAUGCUGGAAAACUCUCCCAUCCAGUGACACAGAAGAUAAUUUGUUACCAGAAGAAGCUGUAUUUGUAGAUUGUCUCUUGCAAUUUAGACAACAUCUGCCUAGCCUGUCCACUUUGCUAAAAAGGCUGAAAACAAUUCCUGUGCAGGAUCCUCUCCUAGAAUGGAAAGAGACCCUUCCUACUAAGGAAUUACUUUUCAGCCGACCUGAGGGGGGCGCGGCUUGUCCUGAGUACCGUACGCUCGUUGUGGAGGUGGAGGUACUGGUGGAGGCAUUGGAGACGAACGGGGGAGAGACUGUAGAGACCGGAGAGAGACCUGCAAGACCGGAGAGAGACCGGAGAGAGACCAUCAAGAGGAGUGACUUACCUAGUCACAGCGUCUGGCCAGCACGUCGAGGCUUCCGGGUGCCAAUUCGGGCAUCAGCAAGGAGGGAAGGAGCCUUACCCUUUUGGAACCUUUUGGACGGAAGAUGGCAACUGAACCUACCAAAUCUACCCACGGCUAUUCCUGAAUAUCCAGAAAGCCAUGUGGACAUCGAGUUUCCUUUGCUUAAAGUUUCAUACGUUCCAGCUAUAUCACCACACCAUACAAUAGAUCAGCUGAUGGAGAAAAUAUGUAUCAGACCUGAUAAACUGGUGGAUUCUUGGACCUUGGAAGAUAAUUAUCAGAACGAGUUUGGACUGACUAUAAAGCAUGAUACAGUUAUUGAGAAACUGAAUUCUUAUUCUACUACAGGCAGUCUAGCUUUAAAUAGAAUGGAGUCAGUAACAAGGAUUACUCCAACGCAGCUGGAACGAGUACUAGAAGAGAAGCAGGCAUGUGUCAAGCAAAGAGACAACUUUCAGAAAACUGGCACAAUGUUUAUAUCUCAGCUGUUGUUUUCAGCUGUCCCUCCAGCGCCGAGCCAGUGUCAAGCUUAUCAAGUCCUUCAAGCAGCAGCAGUGCCCAUUCUAAACAAACUCACUGGCCUUGGUGUCUCUGCAUGUGCUGAGUGGAACUUUGCUUCAGUCAGCUUUGACUCUACUCGCUUCCUGUUAUGCCAGCAAGAAAAAACUGUCACCAACAAAUGUAAAAUAGCAAACAAAAGCAACAAAGACAUGAUAUUAUUCAAAAAUGCAUCUUUUCUUCACAUACUGGUGACACUCCGAGACCUUAUACUGAUGUGUACCUUAGAUGCAGCACUAGAAUACUUGUGUAAUGCAAAAAGCAUGUACAAAAGUGUACUGGAAUCUUGUUUAAAUGAUGUUUGGAGAAAGCUGAGGAUCAUUCAGUAUGUACAAGAUAAAACAAAAGAGGCAAACCCCAAAAUCACAGCCCUCUUACAGUGGAUGGAAGAGACAUAUGCAGAACAGAAAUUACUCAAAAUACUCAUUCUAAGUAGAAUGCAUUCAGAAGCCAUUAAAGAAUCCCUAAAUAUUUCAAUUGAGAAAACUGAAGGUCUAAAAGCAAUUGCCUUGUGUCCUGUGAGUGGAAAUCCAUUUCUGGAUCCAAAAAAUGUAUUAGACAGAUUAAGAAAAUUUUCCUACAUUAUAGUAAAUAACAAGCACAUAGGAAGUGACUUUCCUUGGGUUCACUUCUCCCUUGUUAUUGAAUAUGACUGCACUGAUGUUUGGCUAAAGCUGUGUCAGGACCUGAAUGUUCCACACGUAUCCUUUAUAAGCCAGUUUCCAGAUCCUUCUAUAAUAGGGAAAGACAUAAUCAUGCUAUUUAAAGAGCUUCUUCUACACAUUCAAAUUCCUUAUGUUUUUCUGUCAUCGGAAGGACUUACAAAUAACCCAGAGAUACUACAUCUGCUAGAGUCAAGGUAUAAUAUGACAUUUAUUGAAAGGGAGUGUUGUCCAUCUCUGCAGCUAUUUGGAAAGGCUGACAACUGUGCUGUGAUCACUGUAGAUGAGUCCACUGUCAUCAUACUGCAGAGUCUGGAAGGACUGAUUCCUGAUAAGUCAGCUGAGAACCUGAUCCUCAAACUUGUGGCUCUGUCUUUGCAAUACAGCUGCUGCUGGGUCCUCUUAUAUGCUAAAGAAAAACUUAACUCUGAGUACAAUCUUUCAGAAAUGACAUUACACAAUGUUGCUUUAGUCUAUGCAGCUCUAACUGCAUAUUUGUCAAAAUCAGAGGACUUGCAAAUUAAGACUUUUAUAUCUCCAGGAAUAGAUAAGACUGGAUUGCUUAUUCGCCAUAUUGCAGACCACACACUCAUGCUAAGUGCAAGUGACCCCUACAAGUGGCUGGACAGGUCAUGGCUUUCCAUCCUUCUAUCUGAGGAAGAAAACGUUUUACUUUCAUUUCCAAGUAUUAAUCCCAUGAUGGCUCAGCGUAUGCUAAGCAGAGGAUCUUCACUACAAUGGUUACUGUCAGCAACCCAUGACCAGCUAAAGAAACUUUUUCCAGAAAUGCCAUCAAAAGUUUUAAAGCAUUUCAAUGAUAUUACAGCUUUGCACAAGCUGAGUACAACAGCUACGUCCCAAAGACCUUUUAAUAUGUCAGUACCAGCUGCUAGAGAACACUGCUGUAGCCCUGACAAUAUCCAAAGCUCCUCUUUAGCUGUUGAUAAAUAUCCACCUGACAGUUCUCCAGAUGUGCUUUCUGGUGAAGAACAUGGAAUACCAUUUUCUCAGCCACCGCAACAAAAAAGGAGAAAGCUUAUAUGCGAGAGAGUUCCUGGAAGGUGCGAUGGUCAAACUCGUCUAAAAUUCUUCUAA